GUAUUAUGAACAAUCCAUGGGAUUGAAUCGAACACUAUUCUAUACUGUAACUAUAGCAAACAGCAGCAGCACACCGCAAUCGCUUGCAACGGAAAGCAAACGUAUAAUUUUUUUUUUAUACUCACUAUCUACACAUACUGGAGUGCUAAGUACAGUGCAUAUUGAAUUUAGUGUUCUGUGUUCGUGUGUGAAUAUUACCAAAUACCAAAUUGGCACAACUAAAGAAGAGCUAAAGAAAAACACGUACGCACGUCACGCGGCCGACCGACGACAACGCAACGAUAACGCAAACAAUAAAAAAAAACAAGAAACAGCAAGCAAAGAGCGUGAAUUUUUAAGUUCUUUAACAGAAAGCUAAAGCUUUGCAAAAGCGUUCAAAAGAAACAACAUGUCAGCCGCCGAUGUUGAGACACAGUCGCAGCAGGAGUCGUCUAACGGUACCAGCAAAUUUGAUGUGCCCGAGAUCGAAUUGAUCAUCAAGGCCUCGACCAUCGAUGGACGGCGCAAGGGGGCAUGUCUGUUCUGUCAGGAGUACUUCAUGGAUCUGUAUUUGCUGGCGGAGCUGAAGACGAUUAGCCUGAAGGUGACCACAGUGGAUAUGCAGAAGCCGCCACCCGAUUUCCGGACCAAUUUCGAGGCGACACAUCCACCGAUCCUGAUCGACAGUGGCCUGGCCAUAUUGGAGAACGAGAAAAUCGAGCGUCACAUCAUGAAGAACAUACCCGGCGGCUACAAUCUGUUCGUGCAGGACAAGGAGGUCGCCACGCUGAUUGAGAAUCUGUAUGUGAAAUUGAAGCUGAUGCUGGUAAAGAAGGACGAUGCGAAGAACAAUGCGCUCCUCUCGCAUCUGAAGAAGAUCAACGAUCAUUUGGCCAAUCGCAACACACGCUUCCUCACCGGCGACACCAUGUGCUGCUUCGACUGCGAGCUGAUGCCACGUCUGCAGCACAUUCGCGUUGCCGGCAAAUACUUUGUCGACUUUGAGAUACCGACACACUUGACGGCGCUGUGGCGUUAUAUGUACCACAUGUAUCAGCUGGACGCAUUCACACAAUCGUGCCCGGCCGAUCAGGACAUUAUCAAUCACUAUAAGCUGCAACAGAGUCUCAAAAUGAAGAAGCACGAGGAACUGGAGACGCCGACGUUUACCACAUCCAUUCCAAUUGAUAUUUCGGAGUAAAGUUUUAUAGCCAUGCACAGUUAUUAUUAUUAUUAUGAUACAAUCUUUUUUUUUUUUGUUUGUGUGACAACAACAGCUUUACAAAGCUACGAAAACUAUCAGCUAUUUUUGAAACUACAACUUUGAAUGACAACAUACAAAACUACAACUAUACAAAAGAAUAUAACUACGUAUAUAAUUACUAUAUAUACAUAUACACUUACAUAUAUAAAUACGCGUGAACAUAACAAGCAAGUGUUUUUUAAGCAGCCACCGUUGCCUUUCUUUAAGAGCUAUGCAUACAAUUAUUUGAUUUAUAUUUAAACCCAUUUUUUGACUAUAUCGCCCGCCUGUGCGUGUAAUAUUUGUUUAAUUAAUUAAUUAACUGUAUGUAUUUGAUAUACAUAAGCUGCAGCUGCGAAAGCUAUUGAAAAA